AUAAAAUGUGAUUAUUUUUUUAUCAAACUCGAGGUGAGAGCGACGACAGCAGCUACAUGGACACCAAUGAUAUUGUCUCUCGCACCAAAUUCCCUGAAAGCUGGCUGUGGUCCGAUGUCAAAUUGCCAGCAUGUCCUCCAGACAAGCCUAACUGCGAAACAAUCUCCUUUGUAAAGAAAAUGGCUCUGCAGGAUACGAUCACAACAUGGCGGUUCACAGGGAUUGGUCUGUCCAAAACUGCUGGCCUCUGUGUGGCCGACCCUUUGGACAUUGUUGUCCGAAAGGACAUCUUCAUUGAUCUCAAACUGCCCUACUCAAGUGUUCGAGGAGAGCAGAUAGAAAUUAAAGCCGUUCUGCACAACCAUAAUCCUGAGCCUGCCACUGUGCGCGUCUUUCUACUUGAGACAGAACAUGUGUGCAGCGCAGCUUCUAAGCGUGGGAAAUAUCAACAGGAGGUCAAAGUUGGGGCCUCGAGUACACGAUCAGUUCCCUUUGUUAUUAUUCCAAUGAGAGAAGGAGAUUUCAAUAUCGAGGUCAAAGUGGCUGUGAAGGACUCUGAGCAGGGUGACGGAUUUAGAAAAACGCUGCACGUUGUGCCUGAAGGUAUUCUGAUAAAAUCUCCCCUAACUAUAACAUUGGACCCUAAAAACGAAGGAAAAGAUGGUAAACAAGUGCAGCUCCUCCGCAGUAACAUUCCUCUGAUUGACAUCAUACCGAACUCAACUACCAGCACACAAAUAGCAAUUACAGGAAAAAAGCCUAAAGAAGAGCUGAAGAACGCCGUCACUGGAGAGUCGAUGAGCAGCCUGCUCUACCAACCUUCUGGUUGUGGAGAGGAAAACAUGAUCCACUUGACAAUGCCCGUCAUUGCAACCACGUAUUUGGACAUGACCUACCAGUGGGAAGCCGUGGGGGUCGAGAGACGGGAUGAAGCCCUGCAACACGUCAUAACCGGUUACCGUAAUCAGCUAAGCUACCGUAAAAGAGACGGAUCCUUUGCUGCAUACCCUGAUCAUGACAGCAGCACAUGGCUGACGGCGUAUGUUGUCAAGGUUUUCUCCCUGGCCCACAGACUGGUGGCCGUUCAAAGCAAAGUCAUCUGUGACGCCGUCAGCUUUUUGAUUCACAACGCACAGCAGCCUGACGGGAUGUUCAGAGAAGUUGGAAGAAUGUCCCACGUAGAGAUGACAGGUGACGUCGGCGGCGUAGAUUCGGACGUCUCCCUGACAGCCUUUUGCCUCAUUGCCAUGCAUGAGUCAAGCGGGUUAUGUAGUGCCAGUGUUAAUAGUUUACAAGACAGCAUAAACAAAGCAGUGAGCUACCUGCAAAAACGCCUGCUGACCUUAAUCAAUCCCUAUGCCGUUGCCAUGGCGUCGUAUGCCCUGGCCAAUGAAAACAAGCUGAACCGGGAGAUCCUGCACAGUUUCUCCUCUCCAGAUCAGUCCCACUGGCCGGUACCAGUGGGUCGUGUUUACACACUGGAAGCCACAGCAUACGCUCUCCUGGCUCUGGUCAGAGUCAAGGCCUUUAACGAAGCCUGGCCGAUUGCAAGGUGGUUCAACAAGCAGCAAAGAGAAAACGGAGGCUUUGGAUCAAUUCAGGCCACUGUGACAGUGUACCAGGCUGUGGCAGAGUUCUGGACCAGUGAACAGAACCCAGGCUAUGAUCUAAAUGUGGACAUCUUGUUGCCGGGCAGAUCAAAGCCUGUAAAAUACAACUUCAACCAGAGGAACCACUUUGCCACAAGAACAUCUAAAAUCAAUAAUAUAAACCAAGACGUGACUGUCGUUGCUACAGGCCUAGGAGAAGCCACAGUGACGAUGGUGUCAUUGUUUUAUGCUUUACCUAAAGAAAAGCAUAGUGAUUGUCAGAAGUUCAACAUGACAGUAGAACUCCUCCCAGAAAAAACAAGUGAAGUUGAGAAGAUAUACAACAUGAGAAUACUGCUUUUAUAUAAGAACCAACAUCGAGAUGCCGCCAUGACAGUUUUGGAUAUCGGUUUGCUAACCGGCUUCACUGUUAACACCAAAGACCUAAACCUUUUAUCUAAAGGUCGAGCCCGCACUAUCUCAAAGUACAAGGAGAUUAUCAGUGACUCAGAAAGAAGCUCAAUCACCAUCUACAUGGACAAAGUUUCACACACAAAACCAGAGGAGAUCAUUUUUAGGAUUCACCAGAAGCAGGCAGUGGGAGUACUACAGCCAGCAGCUGUGUCUGUUUAUGAGCACGACAGCCCUCAGUAUGAGACGCGCUGUGUGAGGUUCUACCAUCCAGAGAGGGACGCUGGGAAGCUGCUGCGGCUCUGCAAAAACGACGAAUGCAUUUGUGCUGAAGAGAACUGCAGCAUGCAGAAGAAGGGCAAAAUCAACGACGACGACCGGACAGAUAAGAUUUGUGAGACUGAACGGAACAGCAAAAUAGACUUUGCUUACAAAGUGAGAGUGGAAGAGUUUGCAGACGGCGUGUCCACUGAUAUUUACACAGUGCUUGUGCUUGAUGUCAUCAAAGAAGGAAGUUCAGAUGUGGGUCCUCAGAAUAAAAGGCGCACAUUCCUCGGUUUCCGGCACUGCAGAGAAGCUCUAGACAUAAAAAUAGGACAAAAUUACCUCAUCAUGGGCACCUCCAAAGAUAUUCACGCUGAUGAACCCAAUCAUUCGUACCAAUAUGUACUCGGUGAGCGGACCUGGAUUGAGUACUGGCCCACCGAAGCAGAAUGUGGAAAUAAGAAGUACAACACCACCUGUGCUGGCAUGGAGGCAAUGGUCCAGCAGUACACGCUCUUUGGGUGUCGACAGUAGUAACACAAGUGAAGGCUUAAAUAAGAUUUCUGCUUUUCAAAGUUCUCUGACACAUAAGAGUCUAUGUUGGGCCAUUUCAGAGAAAUAUGACAGCUUCAGUGGAAAAAGAGACAGUUAUGUUAAAUCAAAUAAACAUCUUUCAAGUAGGA